UCAAGUGAAACAAAUCUUCUGACAGGAGAAAAGUUCAUGCUGGAGUUUUCAAAGACCCCAGAGGGCCACAUGAAGUCCAAGCUGAACAUGGAGAGUUUGAGCAAGCCAGAGCUGCUGAUGCUCUUCAGCAUCCUGGAGGGAGAGCUGGAGGCCCGGGACCUGGUCAUUGAUGCCUUAAAGGCCCAGCGUAAAGAGCUGUUUAUACAGGAGCGCUACGGCAAGUACAACCUCAGCGACCCCUUCCUGGCCUUGCAGAGAGACAGCGAGGCUAUGGGAGGACAAAACAAGGAUCCUGGCUGUUCCUCUUCCUCUGUCUCCAACCCUCUGGUGGUUCUCAAACUGGUGGUGAGCCACUGCAGGAGGAUGCAAGAGAAGAUGCUGGCCCAGCUGGCUGCAGCAGAGAGCAGGCACAGAAGGGUCAUUGCAGAUCUGGAGGAGGAAAAGAGGAGGCACGCUGAGGACACAGCAGAGGGAGAUGAUGUCACUUACAUCCUGGAGAAGGAGAGGGAGCGCUUACAACAACAGCUGGAAUUCGAGCGCAGCCAGGUCCGGCGGUUGGAGAAAGAACAGCGGCGGAUUACUGACCAGCUAGAAGAAGAACGGGCCCAGCACAAGCAGCUCUCCUGCGCUUUGGCCAAAGAAUGCAAGUGGGCAAGUGCCAGAGCUCUGGAGGAGGGUCACCGGCUGACUGAGCUGAGCCGCAAACUGGACAAGGAAAAGGAGGCUUGUCAGGCCCUGAAGAAGGAGCUAGAGGAUGAGAGGAGGCGAGCCCUUAGGAUGGAGGCAAGGGUGGAGGAGCAGCUUGCUGAGUUUGACACAGAGCGAGAGCAACUCCGCUCACGUUUGAAGAAGGAGGAAGCUCACUGUUGUCAGCUACAGCAGCAGGUAGAAGAGCUGAAGAGGAACCUGGAGGAGGUGAAUAUGACGAGAGCUACAGCUCCAGCAGAGGCAGCAGGAAAGGAGUGGGCCACAAAAGUUCCUCUGGGAAAGACCACACUAGACACUAUGAAGGUGGAGGACAUUGAGGAAGACAGUAACCAGCCACCUGCGCAACCAAAAGUCAACGGUCACCACUGUCCCCUGGAGACCAACGGGCACCAUGGUCCAAACAACGUCCUCUCAGAGAAGAUUUGCCUACAGAAUGGGAAUGAAAAUCCUCCAGUUCAUCAGACCCAGAUGUCAAUCUCCUCCUGCAAUGCCGCCCCCUCCACUCUCCCUCCUCCCUCCCCCUGUGCCUCGCCUGUUCUUGCCAAACGCCCACCAGGCAGCCCGAAUCCUGGUAGCUACCAGUCUCCCUACCAAGCCGGGAUCAACCAGCGCUUCCACGCUGCUCGCCAUAAGUUCCAGGGUACCACUGACCCGGAACCUCAGUCCCAGGCCACGCCGCCUGCUCUCCCUCUCUCACCAAAGGACCUCUCCCCUGUGACCAGCACCUCCUCCCAAGAAGCCAGCCCAGUCAAGCAGAUGGCCCGGAGCACAGUCACUCAAGUCCUGUCUCGCUUCACCACCGUCCAGCAGAGCGCCACACCGAAGCUUGUGACACCAAACAAUUCCCCCUUUGGAACAGACUACCGCAGCCUUGCGGCGCCCUUGUCUCCCAUCAUCGGAAGGGCCGCAGCGGCUCUUCCACAGGGGAUCAGAUCACCCACCAUCCCCAGGGCAGACAGGGGCAAUCCUCCACCCAUCCCCCCCAAGAAGCCUGGUCUGGCGCAGGCUCCUCCCUCUCCGGCUGCGGUGCCCAGGUCUGCCAGCCAUUUCUCUGACAGCCCCCUCUCAGGCAGCUGUGGCCUCACCUCCAGCCAGGAGGGAGUCAAAGAACUGGACGUGGUGGUUUCAUCUAAUUAAGUGAUCACAAUAAGUUCGUCAGAUGCUGCUCUGCUUGUGACAUCACAGUUUAAUCCACAUCUCAUGAUUGAGAUUGAGAUAUUGUCUUGUACAUGACUAUGCUUAUUUGACCAGAGGUCCCCUCAAACACUGUUAUGCUAUUUGUAUUUAUUAGAUUUUUUUUAAUAUGCGUUGAGGCACUAUUUUAGGUAGUGGUUAACGGGCUGGUACUAAUGAGCAGUUACAACUGAUAGUUUAAGUUUCAAAAUGUGCCAAUACUGUGUUGGGCACAGCAUACUGUUGCAGUGUAUCAAGUCUUUUUAUCAAGUGUCAUAUUUCCAAAGAUACAAGCCAACUUAUCAACUGACGAGGUGUUUUUGUCCCCAUAUACUUUGUCUCGAGCAUGUAUGUUAAUAUUGUAACAAAUAAUCUUCAGACCAAAUUUAAUGAGUCAUCCUUGGACCAAUGUACGCUACAUAGUCUCAUUUCAUUGAAAAGUCAUAUGUAGCUGUCGUUUUUAUAAAAAUGUAUAGUUUAUUUUAUUAAUGUUUCUUAGUUAUUAAUGUGUAAUAGUUUUAUACAACAGAUAACCUAAUCAGUGUUGUACUGCACAUUUUUCAUAUAUAAGUUUAAUGUUGCAUAAUUAUGAUAAAGAUCUUAUAGGCUCAGAUUACAUGCAGUCACCAUUGUACAAUAUUUUCUCUUUGAGAUUAGCGAGUCUGAUCAAUGUCCUGCCUUUGUCGUUUAUGAGGAACCAUUGUAAAACACUGCAAAUAUCUUAUAGUCCACCAUGGCUUCGAUUUAUAUCAUAACACAACUGCUGUGUUUGUUAUCUCUUCUUUUAUCAGAUCCUUUACAGUAUUGUAUAUGAUUGAUGAAGAUUUAAUAAAUGAAUC